AGCAGCACUUCGCCCAACGCCCAGUACAGUAAUCAUUAAUCAUGGAGUCGCCCCAAAAGCACGAUUUGCCACCGAUUAUCGACGUGGACAUUGAGCGGAGUGCCCAUGACACCUCGUAUCUCAACAACAGCGUUGUCCAAAACCUCGCGUGGAGCGAUGUCACGGUCACAGUCCCAGAUAGGGAAACCAAGUUGCCUAAGGAGAUUCUCAGUGGUGUGAACGGAAUCGUUGCCGCAGUCUCGUCUGUCGUCUUAAUCAACGGCAAAAUCUCAACCGACUUGACCUUCCGAAGAAUGUCCUCGUACGUUGAAAGCGACGAUGCGUUGAUUGGAUCUCUCACGGCGAAAGAGACUCUGUACUUCGCGGCUCAACUCUCCUUGUCUGGAUCCGUUGUGGCUAAUGAGCGAAUCCGAAGAAUCAAUGAGCUCUUACAAGCCUUCGGAUUGACCAACCAAGCAAACACUCUUAUUGGCACGCUGCUCAAAAAAGGCAUCUCUACUGGUCAAAGGCGGCGAUUAAGUAUUGCUGCUCAAUUGAUUUCAGCGCCCAAAAUCCUAUUCCUGGACGAACCCACUUCAGGACUCGACUCGGUUGCAAGCUUCAAAGUUAUGUCCUAUAUGAGACAAGUGGCCCAAGCAAAUAAUCUCAUUGUUAUCGCUUCUAUCCAUCAGCCAUCGACUGCGACGUUUGAGCUCUUUGACAGGCUACUCCUUCUUUCCGCCGGAAAAGUGUGCUUCUCCGGCCUGGUCUCCCAGACCAAGCCGUAUUUCGACAGCAUUGGCUUUCCCAUGCCGUCACAAAUCAACCCAGCCGAGUUCGUGCUCGACCUCACUAAUGUGGAUUUUGAUAGCAACGUAGAGGGUUGUCAGGAAAGAAUCACCCAAAUUCAAAACUCCUGGGCAUUAUCUCCGGUUGCGUUAGCUCAAGAGGCUAAGAUCAGAAACGUCGACCUAGGAGGGGAGAAAUUCGCCGAUAGCGACAACGAAACGUUCGGUAAAAGAAUACUGGUGACUAUUUGGAUAUUGCUCCAUCGGUCCUGGAUCAAGAGCUACCGGGACGCUGUGGUGUACGGGAUGCGCUUCGCAAUGUAUCUUGGCCUUGCCAUCAUGAUAGGCACUGUUUGGUUCCGCCUCCCACCAAUAGAAUCCAGUAUCCAGCCAUUUGCAAAUUGCAUUCUGUUUGGAUCAUCCUUCAUGUCGUUUAUGGCAGUCGUCUACGUGCCAGCCUUUCUCGAGGACCGCGCAGUGUAUAUCAAGGAUCGCGCAAAUGGUCUUUACGGAAGCACGGCAUUCAUCAUCUCAAACUUUCUCAUCGGACUGCCUUAUCUCCUUAUUAUCGCAUUCGCGCCGUCUACAUUCGUCUACUGGAUAACGAACUUCCGUCCCACAGGCACCGCAUUCAUGACUUGGGUUAUGUGGAUGUAUCUUAACCUAAUCGCAGCCGAGAGUUUAGUUGUGCUCAUGUCCGCUCUGUUUCCGCAUUUCGUUGCUGCGCUCGCACUUACUGCGUUCGCCAAUGGGCUUUGGAUGAGUUGCAACGGCUUCAUGGUUACGCCGCCUCGGCUCAACCCUUUUUAUCGUUACGUUUUCUUUUACAUCGAUUACCAAGCCUACGUUUUCAAAGGCUUGGUUGUCAACGAGUUCGGAUCUAGAGUAUAUGCCUGUGGAGAGAGCUGUCAUUGCAUGUUUGAGACGCGGCUGAAAGACGAAUGCUUGAUUGAUGGUGUUGGAGUAUUGGAAAACUAUGGGUUUCACACUGGUGGAGUGGGUCAAUCAGUUGGUAUUGUGAUCGCUAUUGUGUCCGUCUUAAGACUUAUGGGAUGGGCGGCAAUGCAGUGGAGGAAAUAAAUACCUCGACUAUUAAUCAAAGACGAAGAAACAAUU